AUGGAUGUGGAAACUGAAGAACAAUUCUUACUUCAACCUGACGAAACAAAGACAAAAUAUGUAUAUGUGAAUACUCGAGUAGACUACCAAUAUCGUUCUGAAUCUCUUGAUGAGAUGUGUUUGUAUGAUUACAUCUGCUUUUAUCGUAAAAAGCUCAUUGACACAAAUGAUCGAAAACAAUUAGAAACUCAAUCAAAGAUGAAAAACGGAGAAGUAAAAGCUUCGUGUCGCGGACGACCGGUUUCCGAAAGAGAAACUUUUCAAGAUGGACAUCCACAAGUUUCAUCUCAUAUUAAUAUCAAACGUGUGAAACCAAUCGUUCCUGUUUUACUUGGACCAGCAAUACCUCGUAGGGGUCGUGAUGAUACGAAAGAACGAUAUUAUCGAUCGAUUCUCACUCUAUUUUUUCCCUGGCGUUCAGUUCAAGAUGUAUGUGAUGUAGAUCAAUCGUGGGAGCAAGCAUUUCAGAUUCGAAAUGAAAAAAUUUCAGCUGAAUCGCGCAGAAUUAUUGAUAAUAUUCAGUUACUGCAAGAAUGUAAAAAUGAUCGAGACGAACACUUACAGUGGGUUAUAGAAGCGGCACAGACUGAAAUAGUAAACGAUCCUGUAUAUCCUACUCGGGCUGAUAGUGACAGCGAUAAUGAAAAUACUGAAAUCCUCGACAUGUUGGAAAAUAUAGAUAUGUCCAAAAUUCCAGCUCUCAGAGAAUCAGGAGGAAACGCAGAGAAAGUAUAUUUUGAAAAGGUAGUACGAGCUAUUGAUCAAGCCAAUCGAUUUGGUAAUAUUCACCGUCUAGGUUCGACAACAUCACUAACAUAUGCCACUAAACAGAAUAAACACAUCAGUAUUGAUCGAAAGUAUCUCACACCAGCUACCAAAGAACUCAUCCUAUUGAAUAAUAAAUGGCAACGUCAAAUCAAAGAUGAAAAGGAACGGAAACGAAUUGCUUCUAUGAUUGCUAAUGGGGAAAUGAAUCUCAGACAUCAGAAUGAUAUGGACGAAAAUGAAACGUUUGGAGCUUACGAUACUGGCAUAUUACUAAAUUCGCAUAAUAAUGAGGAACUUUUGAAUUCUAUGCACACUUUGCCUGUGACAGAAACUACUAUACCUAGUGCGACCAGUCGAAAUGAUAAAGCACAAAAAUUCACACUUAAUAAGAACCAAAAAGCUGCGUUCAUGAUUGUUACGGGUCAUUUAGAUGGGCUGGAUAAAAGAAAUGGAGGUAGUAUCGAUGAACUAAAGACCAAAGAAUUUCUAAAUUGCGUCAUUCAUAUAUCUACAGUUGAUAAACAAGAUCAAUUAAUUAUGUAUGUACCUGGCUGUGGUGGUACCGGAAAGUCUCAGCUAAUACGUGCAAUAACUGCAUACUUUACAGAGACAAAUCGUGCGCAUAAACUUCGAAAACUUGCACCAACAUCAAUUGCUGCCGCCGAAAUUGAAGGUAUGACUAUUCAUUCAUUUCUGGGCGAUGGGCGAAAUCGGAAAACCAAGUCAAAAGCAAUGAACCGACCUGGACAUAUGACCCUAGAAAAUGCAUGGCGUUUUGUGGAAUACAUAAUUUUGGAUGAGAUGUCAAUGGUUGGGUUGAGUUUGCUUGCUCGACUAAAUAAGCUUGUUGGAACGGCAAAACACUGUGAUCCUAUGAUACCAAUAGGUGGCAUUAAUAUACUCUUUUUUGGUGACUACAUUCAAUACUCACCUGUGUUUGAUAAACCUCUUUAUCACGAUUUCGGUGAAACGAUAGCCAGCAGCAUGAAUAAUAGUGCGAAACUACCUACUGAGAACGAAAUUCAGCAAAAAAGUGCUCGUGCGCUAAUUUUACAGAUCAAUUGUGUUGUUGUACUUGAACAACAAAUGAGAACAAAAGAUUUAGCUUACCAGUCAUUGUUGAACAGAGUGAGGAAAGGCGAGGGCACACAUCAAGAUUGGCUUUUACUUCGAACGCGCGUUAUUGGGCUAGGACUACACAUUUCUCUCAAUGAGCCGCCAUGGAACGAGUGCGCCGUACCGCGGUUAACCACGGUUUAUUUUAGACACCGCGGUGUUCAAUGGUCUCACCGCAGUCUUCAUGAGAAAACCGCGUCUAUCAGCGGUAUCUAUUUAAAAAUUUUCCGUGGGUAUACAUCAAUGCAAUAUUAUAAUGAAGCAAUUAUCUGUUAUGAAAAACGUCUCACAUUUCUAUUAAAUGAUUCUAAUGAAUAUGGUUAUACCUUUGUGUUAAUUGCUUUUGCCUAUCACCUUAAAAAAGAAUAUUUAAUGUCAAUAUCAAAAUGUAAAAUUGCAUUAGCAUUGUUACAUAAUUCACAGUCUAUUGGUCAUGAAAAACUAGCUCAAUGCUAUAGUACAGUAACAAUAUCUUAUCAAAAUUUAGAAAAUAAAAACUAUACUUUUAUUUAUUCGAAAAAUGCAAUCAAACAUCUUUUGUUACGUGAUUCAGUUGAUUAUGAUUUUGUCAUGUCAAUAUAUAUUCUUGGUACAUAUUAUCUAUAUUCUUCAAGACGAUGGAAUUGUCAGAAACCACUAAACUAUAUUCUAUCAGCGAUGAAAUAUAGUUCGUAUGAUUUAAAAGAUAAUUUAUUAGAAAAUCUUUAUGAAUUAAUUGGUUUCUUUUACUUUUUAAAUGAAAAAUAUAAUAAUGCCCUGUAUUAUUACUAUCGCAUUGCUCUUUAUUUUGCUGGGGUUAAUCUAGAUCUUGAUAAAAUUGUACCUGAAGUACUUCCAUCUACCUAUGAACGUGCUCAGAUUGUUGCCGCACAUCCUGUAGCUACUGCUCGAUAUUUCAAUGUGCUCAUCACAUCUAUUCUUAAAUGUCUAGUAGAGCAGGGUGUACUCGGUCCAAUUAAAGCUUAUUUCGGUACAGUAGAAAACCAAGGUCGAGGCUCAUUACAUCUACAUAUUCUUAUGUGGCUGGAUCACGAUUUAACACCCGCACAACUGAAAGAAUCAGUUAAAAAUGAGGAAUUUCGGAAUGGUCUUAUUAGCUAUUUAGAGGACAUUAUCAAACAAGAUCUUAGUAAUUUUACUAAUGAUGAUGCCGAUGGUGAUAUUCUUGAACAACAACAAUGUGUGAUUUCUGAUCGCGUUGAUCAUACUCAUCCAACAUCGGAUGAGAUGCUCACAGGAGUAGUUAAUCAGAACUAA